UUUUUACCAAUGCAGUAAACAAUAAUCUUUGUCAUGCAUGAACGCCUUUUAUACUUCCUUGUCAAAUUUCAGUAAACAUUUCAGACCGCCAUUUUGAAAGGAUUGGAUAAUAUUAUGAUUCAAGUUUUAUAAAUCAGUGUAAAGAUGGAUAUUUAUACUGCUCGACCAAAGAUGCGUUGUCGCAACCUGCCUCAUGGAAUGGUUUUGGAUUCUGGUAAUUGCCAAAGAGAUUGUACAUAUUUAUGUUUCCAACCAUACAAACAUGCAGACAUGAUAAGACAUGUAAAUUGUGAUGUCAUUUCCGGUCAAUGGGUGACAACAACUGGCAAAACUCCGUGCAUAAAGCCAGAUAUUGUAUCAACUACAAAGAAAUAUGUUGGCAUAGAUCCUAAUUUUCGUUGGAACUACGAUGAUAUUUACAAAACCAUGCCUACAUUCAAGCCUAUAGACUUCGAUAUUCCUAACGUCGAUGUACCGACGACAUUCAAGCCUAUAGACUUCGAUAUUCCUAACGUCGAAGUACCGACGUUAAAACCUUUCAACUAUGACGAUUUCAGUGACAAUAGCAGCAGCUCAACUUUUGACAGCACCAAUUCUGCCGCCAUUCCAGGUCUUGUCGUGGCUGGAGUAUUUGUUUUGACUAUAAUCUCAGUAUUUAUAAGGUAUUUUGCUGCUCGCUCCAGCUACAGAGUACGCCACCAAAGAAUCCGGCGGCUGUCGGAACAUGUGACUCCUACGACUCGAACAAGGGCGGCUGGUGAACAACGCAUGCCUGUGACCCCUUCCCAGACUCGCACCGAAGAAUCUCGUAAUGAAUCAGAAAACGACACUACAGGUGUAUUCAUAAUUGUCCGUCGGAUCUUCAGAAUUCACCAAUUAAGAAAUCCGUACAGUGCUCUUGAGAACCCACCGGAACCUCCACCUUAUGAUGCCGAAAGUGUUCCACCCCCUUCAUAUGAAGAAACUGAGGGGACGAACCGCCCUGCGUCUGACUCGACGAACGAAGCAUCAACCGAUGUUAGGUUUUCUGAAAGUUCAGAAACGCCCGUUGGUUCUCCACCACCAUACACUGAAAACAUAUAAACAAUAUAUGAUUCCAACUCAUUAUACUUUAUGUGACUUAAAUUUCCACUCGGUCUGCUGCUGCAGGACUAUCACAAAUGGAUAUGUUUUUUCCUGUUUACCAGUUUUGAUGAAAUUAUAGUUGGCAAAUUUGUUGAAAUAACAAUUAACACUUUACAUGUUUGUCAUGGUUGCGAUAAAUGUAAUAUUUCUGAAGUAAUUUUUGUCAAGAUUAUCACAUUAUGUAUUAAUGCUAUUUUUAUAAAAGAUACAAUGCAAAUAAUAAACUUAAGUAUGAGCAUGUUGCUAUUAAUGAUACAAUGCCAAAGAUAUAACUUAGUGAAAUGAAGUAACUAUGUAGCUAUUUAUGCUAUGAUGCCAUCGAUUAUAACUUAGUGAAAUACGUUGCUAUUAAUGACAUAAUGCCAAUGUUAACUUAAGUGUAAUUUAGUUACUAUGUUGCUUUAAAUGACGUAAUGUGAACGGUAAAACUUAGUGCACUGUAGUAAUAACGUUGCUAUUAAUGACAUAAUGCCAACCAUAUAACUUAGUGAAAUGUGGUCACUAUAAGUUGCUAUUAAUGACAGAAUGCCAACCAUAUAACUUAGUGAAAUGUGGCCACUAUAAGUUGCUAUUAAUGACACAUUUGCCAACGAUAAACUAUAUGUAAUGCAAUGGUUUGUGUAAAAUGGUAUAGGUCCAAUUUGAAAUUUUAUAUUAUGUUAUUUAACGACAUUUUACUUUUUAAUUUCUUUGUUGUGUUGAUGUUGUAAAUAAUGACAUAAUACCAAUAUUACUUUCAUGUUAUAUGGCUUAAAUCUUGUGAUUAUGUGACGGUCUAUGUAGUCCCGUAAAAGAUUAUUCAAAAGAUCAUUAAACUAACUCCACUAAGGUCAAAAGCCUUUAACAUAAAAUUUGAUUUUUUUACAUUGAUCAAGUCUAGCUCCUAACAAUCAUGUACGUAGUAAUUUAGGAUGUUACAACACUUAAGUGAAAUUUUAGAUAUGUAUAUAAUUAUUCUUCUAAAACAAUUUCCAAACAUCCAAGAAUAUGUUCAAUAUGUACUGCAAAUGUUUAUGCACAUUGUAAGCAAUCAUUAAAAUGUAUGCAUUCAUUUCUUAUUGAAACAUUUGGCUUAGACUUUAUCGGAAAUAAAUUUCUAAUUACCUCCCUUUAUUCACAUGAAAUGUAAAUUCAGUAACAAAUUCUUUGCAAAUAACGCUUUUGGAACUUACAAAAUCGAUAAAUCUUCAUUUGAGCAUCACAUUUAUGAUAUCAAACCAUAAAAUAUAUUGAGUUACAGGAUUUUUAAAAUAGAAAAAUCUGCAAUGGAUGAUAAAAAAAUGUACUCAAAAUUAAAUUGAAAUUAUGCUGAUACAAAUUGUGAUACAAACAAGGAAUGCAUUAAAUCUUAUUUUACGGUACAGUUUCACUUCUGCGUACUGUAAACUUAUACAUUGAUUUCGGUAUCAUCGUCCAAGAGUAUUUUGUAAUUAUCAUUUUGUCGAUGUACCAGAACAUAUGUAUGUUAUACAUGUAUAUGUUAUUCAUAAUUCCACAUCAAAGGAUGACAAGUAUGAUAACGUAAAUGUUGUAUUUCUUUUGCUCAUAUUAUUAAAUAAACGUUAAUAUUUA